CCAGUUUCGGUUUUGGAGACCGGGGGUGGGGGCUAUGUGCCUUCGCCCACCGCUGGCGGGGAGUCGCGUGUGUGCUGCCUGCUAAGGGACUCGGUGAAAGGGCCGGCGGGAGCGUCCCGGACUUAGGCAAUCCGGAACUCCACUGCGCAGUCCGAGGUUGCGGCCCGGCCUGGAGCACCGCGAGGCCGAGCUCUGGCCUGGCGACCCGGGGCCAGGCUUAAGUGCCGCGGCUUCCCGGCUGCAAAGUGCAGUUCCCGCCUCUUUGGUCUGCAUGGCCGUGGGCUUUCUAAACCGCCGGGCGGGGCGGGGCCUGGCAGAGCCGGCGUGGGCGGGCGGGCCUCCAGGACUGCUCUACCCCGCUACCAGCUCCAAGUGCCACGGUGGCGCUGCUGCGGCCGGGCUGCGAGUGCCGAGGCCCCUGCAGCCCAGUAAUCCGGUCCUGGAGCGGCGCCGCCUGGGAGGCGGGGGCCCCGCCCACCUCUCCCCGCGGCCGCUCGUCAGCAGGGAGCCGCGGGCUGAAGCACCUGCCGGAUGUGGGGAGAGAGAAGCCUGGAUGUGGGGAGACAGCUGGCAGUGCCCAGUCUCCAGUUGGCGUCUUGAUGGGGAAGCUGCAUGGUCCAACCUGCAAUCGGCCCUGGAAGCCCUGGGCUGCGGAGGCGCCAGAUUUGGCCAUAACUCCUCUGCUUCCCCUUUACGCACUUCUGACAAACACCAGGAACCAUAAAGGUGCCACGAGCCCGCAGGGCUGCCCGUUCACCAUGCCACAGCCGCCCGCCGCCGCCUUGGCGCUGCCCCUGCUGCUGCUGCUGCUGCCCUCGCCGCCCUCUACCGGCGCCCGGCCUCCCCCGGGCCCACAGGACCUGUGGCGCGGCUGGCUGCGCCUGCUGGCCGAGGGCGAGGGCUGCCCUCCCUGCCGGCCUGAAGAAUGCGCCCCGCUUCGGGGCUGCCUGGCCGGCCGGGUGCGGGACGCGUGCGGCUGCUGCUGGGAGUGCGCCAACCUCGAGGGCCAGCUCUGCGACCUGGACACCAGCACCCACUUCUACGGGCGCUGCGGCGAGCAGCUCGAGUGCCGGCUGGACGCCGGCGGAGACCUGAGCCGCGGGGAGGUGCCUGAGCCGCUGUGCGCCUGCCGCUCGCAGAACCCGCUCUGCGGAUCCGACGGCCGCACCUACACUCACAUCUGCCGCCUGCAGGAGGCCGCCGGCGCUCAGCCCGACGCCAACCUCACUGUGGUGCACCCGGGGCCCUGCGAGGCCGAGCCCCAGAUCCUGUCACACCCAUAUGACAUUUGGAAUGUGACCGGGCAGGACGUGAUCUUUGGCUGUGAGGUGUUUGCCUACCCUAUGGCCUCCAUUGAGUGGAGGAAAGAUGGUUUGGACAUCCAGCUGCCAGGGGAUGACCCACACAUCUCUGUGCAGUUUAGAGGUGGACCCCAGAGGUUUGAGGUGACAGCCUGGCUGCAGAUCCAAGCUGUACGUCCCAGUGAUGAGGGCACCUACCGAUGCCUGGCCCGCAAUGCCCUGGGCCAAGCUGAGGCCUCGGCAAGCCUGAUAGUGCUCACGCCUGACCAGCUGAACUCCACAGGCACCUCCCAGCUGCCAUCUCUGCAUCUGGCUCCUGGGGAGGCAGCAGAAAGUGAAGAGGGUGAAGAUUACUACUAGGGCCCAGCUCUGGACCCAGGGGGAGUGUGAGUGGGCACAAUUUUCACCCCAACUCUUCAGAAGUCCUGGCAAAGGGUGCAGGACCCUUAUACCAGUUGCUUUAAUGCCUUUAGUAAGGCAGAUGGGGGAGGUAGAAGCUGGGGGUGGGGUAAGAGGAGAAGUAGGGGCUGAGGGGGUGGGAUUCAAAGGGCCCAUGAUGCAUUGCCCUGACCAGUCUCCAGUGUAGACCCCAGAGCAGAUGGAGCUGCUGCUGCUGUCUCCAGGUUGAAGGGCGGGGGCUGGAGCAGACACAGGGCCCUCCCCUCUACCAGUCCUCCCUCUAUCUCUGCUCAGCCCAUUAUCCUAGUUGCUCCUCCCUACAGACCCCCUCUUUACUAGCCUCAGUUUACCCUUCUUCAAAAGUCACCUACUCAAAAUGUUCCUUCUCUCCUAAGUCCCAGUGGCCCUUACUAACAGCAGUGCUCUUUGCUGUCUGGGAGAACAUAGCUGCACAGGGUUUUAGUUCAGCAUCAUAUGUGGGCAGGUGGUCAUGGUCAUUUCUCCUGUCAUUUUGGCCAGCACAGACUUUAUACCACCUGUGCUGGACAGUACCUAGCAUAGAACUAGUAGGUUAGUGGAGACCCAAUAAAAAGCUGUGAAGAAAUGGAGACACUGGUGCACGUGGACUUGACAGAUGACCACAUGAGGGCUAUGCUUUUCUGGAGGCCUCCCACGGCUGUAGGAAUCCAGCUUCCAGCAGCUGUGGGCGCUGCUCUCUAAGCACAAGCUGCCAGGUGGCCUGGAGAGGCUGGAGCAGGGCCUGUGCUGGGGGGAGGAAGGCUGAAGCCAUCUGCCUGUGCUCCUUCCUGGGCCGGCCUAGUGGUGGACCAUCUUCCCCUCUGUGCAUCUUACUCCACACUCCACCCCCCAAUUGGGCUUCCAGUCGAUGAGACUAGGACCCCCAAGACAAAGUGCAUGGAGGAGAAAGUUUUAGCCAGCUGUGUGGUAUCCCAGGGUUCCCCUAGUAAUGCACCCAUUUCCCAUCUCACUUUUGUUUCCUCAUCCCCGUUGCUCCAAGUAUAACCUGCCUAGUCUGGUUGAGAGUCCUUCCUUUGCUUCCCAGAUCUGUCUCUGUCCUCCCCUUACCUAACCCAGGUGAGGCAGUUUAUUGACUGAUUGAAGGGGAAAACUUAAGGGUCCGGCUGUGCUCCUGGGCUCCACCCAAAGCCUGGCGCCACUGCCACCAGUGUCUGAGCUUGUCCUUUGGGGCGCAACAGUGGGAGCCUGACUUCUUAAAAGGGGAGAGACCUGGAACACUUAACCAGGGUUGGGCGUCUCCUCCUCUGGGGGCACAGGUAGAGGACACCUCAGGUGCUGGGUGCUGGGGGUCCCAGGUCGGGCUGGAUUUCCCAGGCAAUGCAGAAGCAAGGUGUGUGUGUGUGUGUGUGUGUGUGUGUGUGUGUGUGUGUCUGUCUCAUGGGUCCUGCAGAAGCUUCUGAAUUCUCCUGCCGACCUGUUGUACCCCGAGAUGCCCAGGAUUCCCACCCAGCUGGGCGCCCCCCUGGCCUGUCAUACACCCCACCCCCCCAUCAGCAGAACAACUCUGCAGCGAGCCCCAGAUGAUCACGUUCCCACCAACCUCUGGGGAUCCGCACCUCUCAUUCACUUUAACAGACUUGGUAGGAUGUUGGGGUGCAGCUUCCUGACAGCCUCAGUUUCCCUGCACCGCGGCCCUGCCGGCUCUGCGCCCAGCUUGGAGCUGGAGGAACCCCGGCUGCGCCGUCCCCUCCCCCGCCCCUCCGCUCGCGCGGACGGCUUUAAUAACAUCGCUGGAAAGUGA